AUGGCCCAGGACUUUAGCGAUCCACUCACAUCGGCUACCUAUACCUCUCCAAGGAUUGUUUCUGGACAUGACCCACUGCUUGCAUUCCCAUCCACAAUUGCACCCAUUUCAGCCUCAGUAACGACUAAGCAGCAGACUGAUGCACUCACAUCCACAUCUACAUCCAUAAAGGCCACAAGUAGCAGCAUUGCUCAGAGCACUUCCGAUUCGCUCUCUCCUCCUUCCUCUAAGAAACAGAUACCACAAAAUUAUUCUACUACUACGAAAGUUGUACGGCAAAAAGCCCUGUCAUCAUCCUCUACACCCACUCCGUCGUCGUCGUCGUCGUCUGCGGCAAAGCCUCCCGCAACAGGGGCUAUUGCCAAUAGUCUCUCUGAAGUCUCGUCUUUUUCAUCUCCUUCUUCUCCAUUAUCACGCCCUUUUUCAGAUCCACUUCGCGACGAUAGCACUAGCGAGAAUUAUUCAGUCUAUCCAAAGCACAAUAGUUACACUUAUAACAAAGCGAGUCAUGUCAACAGUGAUCAUAGCAUAAACCUUCCUGUGAGCCCGAAUGUCGGUCCAAUUACCAGUAGUAGAAACUAUGCCUACAACACUCCUAAUUCAUCCAUGCCUUCAUCUCCUUCUUCCACACCAGUUGCCUCAUCCCAAAAGCCAGUCUUACCAUCAUCACCAUCCACAAGUAUUAGACCCAACCCUUCAUAUGAUCAGCAACGUGCGAGGGCUCCGCAAUACUUGCACAUUACAUUUCAGGAUACAGAUCGAAGAGGCAAAGAUGGCAUGUUCGUACUAUCCGCUCAGACAAACAUGCCGAGAUUUAGACGCCAGUCAUACCAAAAUAUCAUGCGAUCAUACGUCGAGUUUGUCAGGUUAAGGGAACAUCUUGUGGCAGAGCACCCAGAAGUGAUUGUGCCAGCUUUACCUCCUGAACGAUCAUUAGUGAGUGCAUCGGACAUUGAAUCCAUGCGACUGUUUGUGGAAAGAAUCAGUCACCAUCCAACACUUUCUCAGGAUUAUGAGCUACAAAUGUUUAUUGAAUCAGAGUUUGGGUUUUUACCUCCUGCAAAACCAAAGAAGAUUUUAGGAAAGUUGCUUAAUAUCGGUGUCAAACGGUUCAGUUCUGGUGGUGGUACAGUCGCUUCUUUGGACGACACAGAUGAUGAAUUCGAAGAAGAAAAGACAGUAGCAUCGAAGAUGGAGACGAAACUGCAGACUGUCAUCAAAUGCUUAGACAAGGAAAUCAAAGCACGGCGAGAUUUCAGCUCGAAAGAAUCUGAACUAGCCACACUGAGUAACGCGUGGGCAGCUAAUGAAAGUUCGCCUGAAAUGGCAAGGUUAUUUAAGCUGUUGUCAAAACCACUGGAUGGCAUGGCAAAAACGAGCAAAGCCCAAGUUGGGGGCGAUGCGACUGUUUUAGGAAGUUUCCUCGAGUAUAAACUCCAGCAUGUUCAAACACUUGGCAAUGCUCUUGACUAUCGGAUGUCGGUCUUAAGCGAGUAUGAUGCUGCCAUCAAAUCUACAGAGAGUAAGAGGAAAACCAUGGAGAGACUACGCUCGUCUACCAAUAUCAAUCCUGAAAAGGCGACAGAUAGCAUUGAUGACUUUGAAGAUGCGGCUCUCUUUGAAGGAAACAUGAAAAAGCGGGUAGAGCAGAUCUCAGAAGCGCUCAACAAGGAUUUGAGGGGCUAUAAACAACAGAGUCAGGAAGAUCUUCUACGUGCUUUGCAACAAUAUAGUCAACGGCAGAUAGGAUUUGAGCGAGCAAAACUAGAGGAGCUGCUUUCUGUCGGAGCAGGAUUAUAUGUAGACAAAUAUCAGGGCGAAGCAACUGAUUACAGUCAGCAUUUGCCAUAA